CACAUACGUUUGACCCAGUGGUUCCAGGUUUGCUUUCGAUCUUUUUAGCUAUUUUCUGAUCUGUACGGUCAUCCGAAGGGAAUUUUUCUGGAAUUGGCACUUAUCAAUAUUCCCCCCCCACUCCGGGAUCGACAUUGAACGUUACUACUAUGUGUGCAUUGUGAACGCAUCCAAGGCGAUAUCAUGCGAUUCCGGUACUCAAAUUGCCUAAGAUUUCAUCACUGCUAAUACGAGAGGUCCCGAAUCCAAAGCCCACCCACCUCAUGGUGUUCAAUGGCGGGGUAACGGCGCCACCCUGCAACAUACUAUGGAUGGUUCCUUCAAUAGCGAACCGCCAGCGGCCAUAUCAAGCAAUCAUAUUCGAGAACCAAGACAAGUUUAGCUUGCGGAAGCAUAUUACAAUGGGUCCCGAGUUUGGCGUGGUCUCAAAAUUCGGGAAGCCGCUGGAUUGCUCCGUUACCCCGGAUAAUGACUUGAAGAGGCCAGGACGACAACACAUACCGUGAUGUGUAACGCAGACAACAAAUGAUGGC